CAUUUUUGUCCAUUUCCUGUGGAAAUGUCAACAGGAAGUCAGCUGCUGUCUGUUGACUUUGAAGUCUUCGAACACGUUCAAGGUGUUUGCUUCCGGAUGUGUGACCCUGAUCCUCGCCAAUCUCCUAUAAUCUACACGCACACACGCAUCACAAAAUGGCAGCCCUCACCACAGUGGAAGCUUUUUCUUUUCCCAUCAUGCCGUGCGUUCAGGAAGCCUUGGCUCGGCGAGGCGGGCAGUCCGGCCAGUCGCAUCACGAGGACGUCGUUCGCUAACGAGCGGUCGCUGUCGGCCUUGGAGAUGAGCGGCUUGGGCACCCGCUACUGAAGACCAAUCGCUACCUGUGUGACAGGUCGCCUUUCGGCCACUCGUGUGCCUUCGCUUCCUAGUGGACUUCCUUUUAUUUCACUUCCUGUUGUUCGACUUCCUGUUGUUCGACUUCCUGUUAGUUCCACAUGCUUCUGUUCAUCAUCUCCACCUGAGUUUGUCCCCUCAGUUUCUGACUUCCUGUCACAUGACCACACACACACACACACACACACACACACACACAGUCACGUUUGUAACAACAUACAGUCAUGACAUCAUUAAAUAGAUUCCUAAAGAAACCCACCGCAUCAAUGGAUGGCCAUGGUGCUGCACCUUCCGGUGUGCCCAUCUUGGCCACCUGGGGCCAGUAUAAGACAGACAGUGUACUGUACAUGGAGACAUCUUACAGCUCCGCAGUACAGCACUAAUAUUAAGUCGUUCAACACAGACGAUAAUAUAUAGUAAUAUAUGACUGUGUGUACCGUUAUGUUGUCUGUCUACAGACGAUAAUAUAUAGUAAUAUAUGACUGUGUGUACCGUUAUGUUGUCUGUCUACAUGUUGUUGCUGCACCGAUUGUGUUUGAGUCAUUGCUUAAGGGGUCAAAGCAUCUGGCAUAGAUGCUAAUUAGCGUUAGCACUAAGAUAACGGCCUGAAUGGCUAAGCUAUGUGCUUGUUUGAAAUACACAAAGUGUAAUUCUCUUUGUGUUAUGUUUAGUUUGUGAGUAAACCUCAGCUGGGAGAAGCAAAAACCUGCUUGAAGCAUCUUUUUGAACAAUUGGUCAGUAAUUACCCAAAAAUGUUGCCUGUUGUGUGCAGUGCCCGUAUGUCAAAAUUUUGCUCACAAGUCAAAGCAACAAGGUCAUCCAAAGGAUGUAAAAAAUCUCGUAAGUCAAGUCACCAGUUUCUCGGCGCCACUUCAGUUUGCGCCAAUUUAACACUUUUGAUGAAGUGUUGUUUUUUUUCCAAAUGAAAACUGUGUGUAUACACGCUAAUUGUGCGUGUCUAAACACUGUGAAGCUACGUUAGCGGUGUGUUGAACAAGAAGAGUUUGACAAAUGGAUGUUGGAGUGGGACCUCUGCUGUGAAUGUUGCAUCUCAGUUCAUGCCACCUCACCUCCAUUUUUUUCUGACCUGUCAAGCUUUCUUUCCUUUUUUCGUUUUUGUAUUUUCUUUUCUUUGACUUUUUUUCUGUCUUACUUCUUUUUUCAUUUUUUUGGGUCUUUUUUUUCUAUUUUUUUUUUCUUUUUCACAUUGUUUUUCUUUUUUUCUGUUAUUUUCUUUCUCGUUUCUUUCCCGUAUUGCAGUCUGGAACGGUGCUCGUUUCGCCUUUGUGGGACUGAUAAGGGUUGUGUCCUUUCAUCUCAUCUCCUCUAACCUAGCUUUCAGUUCUUCACUUUUCCCUUAUUUUUCUUUUCAUCCUUGUUUUAUUUUGUUGCUUCCUUGUUUUUCUUUUCCUUCUUUCUUUUUUGUAACAUUAUUCUUGAGUUUUUUUGGGUCAUUUUUCAUUUCUUUUUUCCUGUUUCCAUAGUUGCUGCUGAAACGGCGCCCGCUUCCCCAUUGUGGGACCGAUUAAGGUUAUCUCAUCUCAUCUCAUCUCAUCUCAUCUCAUCUCAUCCAACAGAGCCUUGGAUGUCCGACUGCCCGUGAAUGCGUUGCGAAUAACUACGCUGCCAUCGUCUUCUCCAAUAUUUCCGAGCUCGUCCGGAGAUCUU